AUGCUGGCACAGUGCAAUUUUCUCAAGAGUGUUCCUGUGGGUGUACGUGCCUUCUCGUCGCUCAAUGCGCUAAGGGCGACUCCAAAGAAGGGGACACUGAAAGCUGGGGGUAAUGCCUUGCAGGAGUCUAAGUUCGAACCGCUAUCGGAGGCACAGAGGGCGUACCUGGACAGAGCUCUCAGGGUGAAUCAAGCUGGUGAACUGGGUGCAAAUUACAUCUACCAGGGCCAGAUAUUCGUGCUCAGCAGGAGACAUCCGGAGUUGCGCCCCACUCUGCAACACAUGUGGGAGCAAGAGGUGUUCCACCACGACACGUUCAAUGCGUUGCAGAUCAAACACAGAGUGAGACCCUCCUUGCUGACUCCCUUUUGGAAAGUCGGCGCAGUCGCUAUGGGGGCUGGUACCGCUCUGAUCUCCCCGGAGGCCGCAAUGGCAUGUACAGAGGCUGUUGAAACCGUCAUUGGCGGCCACUACAAUGAGCAAUUGCGCUGUCUGGACAGCCAGUUUGAACAGAGAAAGGCAGACGGUACCAGCGGGGUCCCUGAGGAGGUACAGUCGCUCACCGCGAAGGUCAAGCUGUUCAGAGAUCAAGAGCUGGAACACUUGGAUACCGCCAUCAAGCACGACUCACGGCUCGCGGUCCCCUACAUGAUGAUUACGGAGACCAUCAAGGGGGUCUGUCGGCUGGCCAUCUGGGGCGCAGAAAGGAUCUGA